AUGCCAUCUUCGAAUAAGAAUAAUAACAAAAUAGGCGGAUGGGUGUUACUACUUCCCACAGCAGUCUUAUCGGCUGCAUGCAGCAUGUAUCUGAUGCUGUAUUUCACUCCCAUGUCCCAUGAGUUUGCCAAUGUGGAAACUGCCAGCACUGUGCUCACCAACACUAUUAGUGAUAAUAAUAAUAUGCGUAUUCCACCAAUACCAAUAUCACCACCACUGCCACCACCACCACCACGAAUUGAGCUCACGGAAUUUGACAUGUUGUCAUCACGAAUCGAAAAGCUUACCAAAAAGUUCAUGAAAGAUCUAGGUUCGCCACAUGCCAUGCCACUGGCACGAUGCUUUGACAAUGAGGAGCUCAGUGAAGAGAAUGGAGGGCACGAUCACAGCAAUCUUUGGCAAACCUGCAUGCCAGUUUACAUGGGAAAGAAUCAGUUGGGGGCUAGACCCUAUGGCAAUGAACCUCGUGACAAGAAUGGUGUGGCAUACAGUUUUUGUCGUGGCGAUUACCAUUCGAGAUUCAAAAAGGAAGGUGUCUGUCCCAAUCCACAGAAUGAGGAAAUCCCGGAAGCGAAAUUACCAUUCGAUCUCUAUCGAUUCGGUCGAGUUCCAAAUGCAGAUGAGCUUUGGUUUACCCACAACUACACAGAAAAAGGUUGCUUUGGAGUCGAAGGCACUUCUCAGAACAGCGUUUGUUUGCCACGAGACCGACUCAAGGGAUUCGCAAGUGAUUGCUUUUAUGCACCCGACCGGCCGAAAACCAUACUGUGUCUGCCCAAGUGGAUCGGAUUGGGACUCCACAAGAGUGGAUCUACCGCGCUGUUUCACUUUAUCAAAAUCAACUUUUCCACCUAUCGAUACCGCAAGGAAUUACGCUUCUUCAAUCCAUCGAGAGGUGAAACCUUUUUCAACAGUACCAAACCAAUGAGAUGUCGUUUUCCCAACAUGAAAUGUUAUCUAGGAGAUGGAGCACAUGCUGGGCCGAAAGGAAUCUUUGGUGAUCUGACGGUCCCAUUGACCUUUUACAUUCACGCACCCUUGUUUGUCGAACAGGUACAUCCUGGAGCCAAGUUCAUUAUUAAUCUGCGAGACCCGAUUGACCUGCUAUGGUCUCGGUUUCAUUUCAACAAAAUGAAGACGACUGACGUGCGAGAAUCCAUUCUCAUGGGACUGGAAUGGUUUAUGGAUUGCCAGGAAACUUCGGAAUGGAGGAAACAAACUGGUUUGGGAUGGGAUCCUGCCUGUUCCUUCAAAUCCGCUGCUGCGGAAGAAAUCGCAAUCGAAGUCAAUAACACGGAUCUAUCCACUGGAUUAAAGCUUAUUCGUGAUGGACUCGUUGCGGAUACCUUGCAUUUAUGGUUGGCCCGGUUCAAUUAUUCCCAAUUCUUGUUUGUACCCAGCACUCUGCUGCGGAAGGAAACGGCCGCGCAGGAUCUGUCCACUUCGAUAUCCAGCUUUUUGGGCAUUCCACCCAUUGACGAGAAGAAUCCCAAUUUUGUGACGCGAAACAUAAACAACAAGACGUCAUCGCAUCUGAAGGAUGUACAUCCAGAUGUGGCCGAGUUGUUGGAAAAAUUCUUUCGGCCACACCGAUACUGGUUGUCGCAACUGAGCGGAAUACCGGAGGAAGACGUCUUCUAG